AUGGAGCACCAAGAAAUGCCCAUGCCAAUGCAUCACCCCAGUGGCGGAUCUUCAUCUGGCUCCGAUGAAGACACUGUUACUUCCACUCCUUACACGUAUACCUCCAGCGGACCUUAUGACCCGUCCGAUCCGGGUGUCACAUAUACUCCCACCUCCUCAAUCUCCGCCUACACCCCAUCCACCGGCUUUUCAUCUGCUGUUAAUACCUGGAAUUCCUAUGGGCCGGGCACUGGACCAAGACCAAGAGGUGGCAGUGGCGGCGCACCUCCCACAGCCAUGGACAGAUCCUUCUCGAAUGAUGCUCAAAAUCCCCGCCCAGGAGGCCCUCUGCGGACACCGUCGAAUACCUAUGCCCCUGCGAGGAGACCUCCGCAGUUUCUGUCCCUGAAUUCGAAACGCGUCCAUUCAUCUCAGACUAUGCGGUCAUCAAGAAGAGAUCCAAACGCUCAAUACAAGGCACAAGAGAAGGCCUAUGUACAGAAAGUCCGCCAACAACCACAGGACUGGUUCGGGAAUGACCCUCGCACUCCCAGUAUUGGCUACAGCACAGAUGAUGAAACCGACGAUGAUUCUCCCUCGGGCGAACAUCAUUUCGAUGACCCUUACGAUGAAACCUUGAUGUUUCUCGGAAAUGAAGAUAACCUGCAACCGUCAGAGGAGGAGGUCCAGGUUCCAGAGAAUCGGGAACGGCUUGAAUGGCAUUCCAUGCUGGCUUCGGUGCUCAAGGGCGAUGUCGUCAAACAGGAGAAGCAGAGAUUGAUCGGCACAUCGGAACAGAAAACCAGAUCCGAAUUGGGCUACGAUAUAUGGCUCGGAGUCCGGGCUAAGUAUUACGGUAGGCCUCUCCAGAUGCAGAAAAGAAUGAUUGAGGAGGCUCGACAACAUUUGGGCCCGAUCGUCGAAAGCCUUAUCAGUUUUGAAAUCAAGGGUGAGACCGUCGUCGGCAAAUCAACCAUGGGACAAGUCCAGGAGGGUGUUGAGAAUAUUGAAAAGUGCGAAUGGCUCUAUCCUUCCAGGAGGGCUUUGGAGGUAGCCCACAGCCGAGCAGCGUCAGAGGCAUUCCAGAACAGCUGCGACGCCAUCUUUGCUUGGCACAAUAUCACUCAAUUGAUAAACACCGAGCUGGCCGUACUCCAAGCAUGGGUUGGAAAUGCAGAGCUGGAUUUCACCAAGCAGAAACAUCGCACGGGAAAUGGAGGCGAUCUAGCGGAUGAAUCCUCUUUCAUCGACCGGAUCUUGAAGGAAGAUGGGUUGAAAUCGUUGCAUAGUGACAAGAGCAUGCUCAAAGGAAUAGGGGAUGUCAUCACGAAAGCGAAGAGCACUCUCAUCGAAAAUGCCGAAGCGUUCGCAUCUCGCCAUUUGCCUCCUUACAUCGAAGAACUCUUGACGCUCGUCAAUUUUCCCUCGCGACUGAUUGUGGAGAUUAUCCGAAUGCGUCUCUCUUACGCGAAGAAAAUGAAGGAAUCUGCUCAACAAUCUGUUUUGAUCAUUGAUCAGAUGAUUGCCCAAUUUCAGAUUCUUAUGCGACUCGCUUGUGUGAUAAAGAAGGAGUACGUCAUGGUAUCAGAUCCUGAGCCAGGCUGGGAUCUGCCUCCCUGUAUAGACGAGGCGUUUGACUCCGUGAUCGUUGAUGCCCUCAAGUUUUAUUUCAAAAUGCUCAACUGGAAAUUAAGUGCAAACAAGAAUACCUUCCGGGAAGCUGAAAUUCUUGAGCAAGAAUGGGGCUUUUCGAAUGAAAUCGGACGUCAACUCGAAGGCGGGGAUAUCGAAGUCGCGGAGCAAUUCAGCUCGUUGACGGCAAAGUCAUUGCUUCGGUUGACGGGCUCUUUUGAGCGGGAGCUUCGGACCAAGGAAGAUGAGAGCCCACAGGAGAUGGAAAAGCGAUACAAAGCUAUUCUUGACUCCGUCCGUGUACGCCAACGAAAACUCUUCCGUUUCUCUCGAAUUCUACGGCAACGCUUCGAAAAUGCUACUGAGUUCAACUUGGGCAUGAAUGCAACGCAGCUCCAGGUCUUCACCGAAUCCCUCAUUCUCUCGGGCCAUUUCGUUGCGGAUAUGGGACCGAAUAGUCCAAAGGGAGUUUUGUUCGUGGCGUCGCCUUCUCUCUGGAAUAGGCCGAAAGAGAUCCAAUCCAUUCUGGGGACCUCCUUCCACGCAGAUGAUGCACCCGAAAACCCAUCCAACCCAUACAUCCUGAUCAUUAGGCCGGAAGAAGACAUGCAGUGGGAGGGACCAAGAAUGGAAGUGGACGUAUUAGAAUUACCCAGUGACGUGAGAAUCGGACGAUUGAGGCUCGUGGCUGAUGGGUCGUCUCCGCGCCUGCAAAAUGCGAGAAUUGAAUUUGCCAACGCCAUAGGCCGCGAACUUGAUGUGGUUAUUGAGCAGCGAGCCAAUCUCUCACGGGUCAAUCUGGAGCUCGGAAAGAUCAAGAAGACGACAUUCAAGCUGUCCAACACUAUCAUGGAGAGUGUGGAAGCCGUUCGUUCUCAAAACGGGGGCAUUGCAAGCCCAGAACUCGUACAGUCCUGCUUUGCAUUCGCCACCGAGUUCGGAAAGCGAUCUCUUACGUACAUGGAUGCCAACCGACGCAUGAUGAACAAUCUGAAGCUCACUCGGUUAGCCCUCGAUUGGGUCAGCUUCAUCUGUGAUGAUUGUGAUGCCGCAGAUAGACGGACCUUCAAGUGGGCAGUCAUUGCUUUGGAGUUCGCCAUGGUAAUGACGCGCGGACGAAACAUCCUUGAUAUCAGUGAGGAGGACUACAGACAGAUUCGACUCAAGGUUGCUGGUUGUAUGUCUGUAUUAAUCUCCCACUUUGACAUCAUGGGCGCAAGAUCGACGUUGGCGGCACAGCAGGAGAAAUCGCGAGCUGAGGCAAAUUCUGGUCUCAACAAACGACUCGACUACACCAAGCUAAAACAUGACGAUGAUUGUGCCACGCAGAUGUGCGAACAACGAAUGUGGCAGUUGGAGGAGAUUGAUCGGGCCCGAGAAGAGCGUGGAACAUCCAAGACCAACCUGGGUCGAGUGCUUGAGGGCUCGAACGAAGCUGAUCGAUCACUGACCUUCCUCUCCUCCUCUGCCACCAAUGUCACGAUGAGAUGGCAGCAGGGUCAAUUCGUAGGAGGUGGUACCUUCGGCUCGGUCUAUGCCGCCCUCAAUCUCGACACGGGCACGCUGAUGGCGGUCAAGGAAAUCCGUCUCCAGGACCCUCAGCUGAUUCCAACCAUUGUCAAGCAGAUCAGCGAUGAGAUGGGCGUCCUGGCUGUCCUGGACCACCCCAAUAUUGUCUCCUACCAUGGCAUUGAGGUUCAUCGAGACAAAGUCUACAUCUUCAUGGAGUACUGCUCUGGUGGCUCUGUCGCAGGGCUUCUCGAGCACGGCCGUAUCGAAGAUGAGACGGUCAUCAUGGUCUACGUCUUGCAGAUGCUCGAAGGCUUGGCCUACCUGCAUCAAGCACACAUAGUGCAUAGGGACAUCAAACCAGAAAACGUCCUCCUCGAUCAUAAUGGCGUGAUCAAGUAUGUCGACUUCGGAGCGGCCAAAGUGAUUGCACGUCAAGGACAGACAAUGAUGGCAGGGCCGGAGCCUGCUCAGCGUCGCGAUGGAGAGGGGGGACACGCGGCAGGAGCUCCUAGGUUGCCACAGAAGACUAUGACAGGCACACCCAUGUACAUGUCGCCCGAAGUGAUACGAGGUGAUGGACCAGCAACAUCACGAUUUUCAGGAGCAGCAGAUAUCUGGUCAUUGGGCUGUGUGGUUCUCGAAAUGGCAACCGGCCGGCGACCGUGGUCGACGUUGGACAACGAAUGGGCGAUCAUGUACAACAUUGCCCAGGGCAAUCCGCCACAACUGCCAGCAGAAGACCAGCUAAGUGAGAUGGGCAUUGACUUUUUGAAGAAGUGUUUCGAGCGAGAUCCGGCCAAAAGAAGCACCGCAGCCGAGUUGUUGCAGCAUCCUUGGAUCGUCGAGAUCCGACGGUUGGUGGUGGACGAGCCCGAAGUUCAGACUCCAAGAAGUGACACAAGCAGCUCUAGCGGAGGUCUUUCACUACCAAGUCGACAGCAUUCUUCGGCUUUCUAG